GGAAUAACACGUGGCUCCAUCUAGCAAACAAUUUUUACCAACCUUUACGCUGCCGCUCGCUUCACGAUGGCAGAUACUAAAGUGCAAACUCCAGAGAAAAAAGCUGCACCUGCUGCAGCCAAAAAGGAUGAAAAGAGCAAGGGAAAACCUUCGAGGGGAAAACCAAGAAAUUAUGAUCUAGGAAACGGUGUUUAUAGGUUCAGUCGUACACGUAUGUACCAUAAAAAGGCUAUCUAUAAAUUCCUGGGUAAGAAGAGUCCGAAAAAGCCCAAGCCAUCAACGCCGUUGACUAUUGAAAAGAAGAUUGGUGGUGAUAAAAACGGAGAGAAACGUAUCGUGCUUUUGAAGAAGAGGCGUGCAAACUAUCCUACUGCUGAUCCAGUCACUGUGCACCAUUCUAAGAAAUGUUUCCAUGAACAUCGUCGUUAUCUACGACCUUCUUUGACUCCUGGAACAAUCUGUAUUCUGUUAGCUGGACCUCACAAAGGAAAAAGAGUUGUCUUCUUGAAACAACUGAAGAGUGGUUUGCUUUUGGUUACAGGACCAUUUCUGAUCAAUGCCUGUCCUUUGCGAAGAGUCAGCCAGAAUUAUGUGAUUGCUACCUCCACAAAGUUAGAUUUCUCUGGCAUUGAGUUGCCUAAGCGUAUAAAUGAUGAUUACUUCAAGAGGAAACGUGACAAGCGCGCCAAGAAAGAGGAAGGUGAUAUUUUCAGUAAAAAGAAGGAAGAAUAUAAAGCGAGCGAUCAAAGAAAAGCUGAUCAGAAAAUCGUUGACAAACUAGUGAUUGAUGCUAUCAAGAAGCAUCAAGAUAAAAAAUUGCUGUUUACUUAUCUGUCGGCAAUGUUUGGUCUGCGAAGCAGUCAGUAUCCGCAUCGAAUGAAAUUUUAAUUCACAGCUUUGAAUUUUUCAAGGAAAUAAAGAUAAAAUCUCAAUUCUA